AUGGAAAGGCAUCUUGUUCUUUCUGAUCUUAAGCAGAAGGGAGAUCCUCCAUUGUCAUGGGAAUCAAAAUUUCCUCGUCAGGCAGUCCUGUUAAGAAGCUUGCUGUCACCAAGCCCGUCUAAUCGUCCAUCUGCUGUUGAGGUCUUGCAAAAUGAACUGCCUCCUCGGAUGGAAGAUGAGUGGCUAAAUGAUGUACUUAGAAUGAUACAAACACCAGAAGACACAUAUGUUUAUGACCGAGUUAUAUCUACCAUAUUUAAUGAGGACAGGUUUGCCAAAAUGCAAGGCCAACAUGAUAGCAGCAAAAAGUCCACUGUUAACAUUGGUAACAGUGAACUUUUGGAUACCAUCAUUGAGGUUGCCAAGGAGGUUUUCAAACGGCAUUGUGCUAAAAGGUUCCAGAUCUCACCUUUGCAUACUUUGGAAUGGAAUUUUACCAAAAAUAGGGGAAACACAGUGAAAAUCUUAACUCAAGGAGGAGAGAUGCUAGAACUUUGCUAUGAACUGCGAACACCAUUUGUUAUGUCAAUUGCUGCAGUUCACCUUCUAAGGGGUUUAGUGAUCCAGGAAAAUAUUCAUUUGAUCAAGACAUCAUCAUUCAAGCGUUAUGAAAUAUCAUGGGUUCAUAGAAGAGCGGUUGGCCAUUCAACUCCUUAUCGUUUUCUUCAGGGUGAUUUCGACAUUAUUGGCGGUACUUCACCAAUUCCAGAGGCUGAAAUCAUCAAGGUGGCUUUGGACCUUGGGACCCGUUUUUAUGAUUCCAAGACACUAGUCAUACGCCUGAAUCACGGUAAACUUGCUGAAGCAAUUUGCUCUUGGGCAGGGGUUUCUCAGGAUCGAAGACAUAAUGUCGCUGAGUUUCUGUCUUCAACUCUUGUUCAAUAUUGGCCAAAUGAGGCUGACCGCAAGUCACAGUGGAGUUUGAUUAGGGGGCAACUUUUACAGGAUCUUCGGCUUUCUGAAGAAGUUGUUGAGAAGCUACAUAAAGCAGAUCAGCGGUUUUGUGGCUCUGCAGAUCUAGUACUUGCUAGAUUAAGAGGUUCCCUGUUCUAUGAUAAAUCUGCUUGCAAGGCUCUUGAUGAUCUAUCCUUGCUUCUGAGAUGUUUGAGAGUAUGGUCGGUAGAACAACCAAUUACUACUAUUGAUGUACUCAUGCCUCCCUCAGAAUGUUACUAUACAGAUUUGUUUUUCCAGGUAUACUCAAAAGAAGGUAAUCAUGGACCGAGUUUCCAUGAAAAGUUGCUGGCAGUUGGUGGACGAUAUGAUCAGUUGGCGGAACAAGCUUGGGAUAAGGCAUAUAAAUCUAAACCCCCAGGUGCUGUUGGUGUGAGCAUUGCACUUGAGAAAUUUCUUCCUAACAAUCCUUCAUCUGAUCUGGGGUUGCGAAGGUUACUGUCCAGGAUUGAACCUAGCAUCAGUGUACUUGUCUGUUCAAGGGGUGGUGGCGGUCUGUUAACUGAACGCAUGGAACUUGUUGCAGAGCUUUGGAAAGCUAACAUAAAGGCUCAGUUUGUUCCUCAGGAAGAUCCAAGUCUUCAAGAACAGUAUGAAUAUGCCAGUGAUCAUGAUAUUAAAUGCCUUGCAUUUAUCACUGAAUCAGGUCUGUCACAAACAGAUCUCGUGAAGGUUCGGCAUCUUGAUUUUAAAAAGGAGAAGGAUGUUGAAAGAGAGGGACUAAUAAAGUUCCUGUCUGAUGCAAUAUGUUCACAAUUCAAAAAUCCUACUAUCUGGAGCUGA